GCCUGCUGCCCGCCAUCGGCGUGGGCGCCGCAGUCUACUGGAUCACUGGUAUCGCCUCGGUGACAACUCUGGGCCUGGUCGGGAUUGGUGCUGGCGUUGGGUAUGGCGUCGGCAGCUGGAUCGCCGACAAGAUGCAGAAGAAAGGAGACGCCCAGAACAAAGUGCAGAUGGAUCAGCUCCCAUGGGCGGUCCAGGUAGCCCUUCAGCACUGGCAGGAGUUUGUGACACGCCAGGCUGCUGGCAGGCAACUGACCCCAGCUGAUGUGGACACCAUUUGGGCCCAGUUCGAGCAGUACGAGCCAACGCAUGCUGCCAAUGCCCGCGCACUGGUGCGCGGAUCCAGUGCUGCGUCCAGCAGCAGCUCGCAGGGCCCUGCGUCCUUCAGCAGCGGCACAGGGCCGACGUUCGUUGCCACGCAGGCGGCCGAGGUUUGA